AUGUUGAGCGGAACCGGCCCCGGGACCGCAAAGCGUCCACGAAUUGACCACGCCCCGGCCAACGUGCAAGUGCUCGUCAUUGCUGAUGAAGACUUCGGUUCCCACUUCCUUUCCACCGCAAUGACUAAGACCAAAGUCCUCGUAACUGGAGCCACAGGGUAUAUCGGCGGCUCUGUCCUUGAUCGCUUCCUAGCUCGUCCAGAUGCAGACAACUUCGAGUUUACUGUGCUCGUGCGCGACCCGAAGAAGGCGGAGAAGUUCAAAACGCUGGGCGUUGAUGCAGUCGUCGGUUCUCACUCGGAUGCGCCCCUUAUGGCGAAGCUUUCGAGUGAGGCCGAUGUCGUGAUUGCGACGGUACAUUGUUUUCGCAAAAGCGUAGUGCUUAGCUUACACAUAUCUAGGCUGACUGCGACGAUCUCGUCGCGGCCAAUGCAACGCUGGCCGGAUUCAAGAACCGAUUCGAAAAAACUGGAGUACCGCCCAUUUUUAUCAAUACGGCGAGUUUCUGGCACUGGCGUAAUUGCUGAGGAUUCCAAAGGAUUGUCAGCGAGUGAGCUGAUCUACGACGAUGCCGAUGCAGCCCAGAUGGCUUCAAUACCCGACACGGCCAUCCACCGCAACGUCGACCUGGCAAUUACUAAUGCAGAUGCUGAGGGCUACAUCAAGAGCUAUAUCAUUCUUCCCUCCACCAUUUACGGUCUUGCUAGUGGUCGUUUCGUGGAUGCUGGCUUGCAGAGCGCACAUUCACAACAGAUCCCCGCCCUUAUCAAGUCUUCCCUUGACCGUGGUCAUGCUGGGAUGGUGGGAGAAGGGAAGAAUCUCUGGCCAAACGUUGAAAUCCACGAACUCAGCGAGUUGUACAGUGUGCUGUGGGAUGCAAUCGUUUCUAAUUCCGGCCUCGGGCACGGCCGCGAAGGAUAUUUCUUUGGAGCAAGUGGGGAGCACUCCUUAUAUGAAGUCGGAAAAGCAAUUGGGGAGGUGCUGGUUGCACUGGGAAAGAGCGAUGAUCCAGCACCGACGACAUUCACCAAACCGGAACUAGACAAGUACUUCGGGGGGGCUGACUAUCUGGGAUCUAAUUCACGCUGCCAUGCUACUCACUCGCGUUCAAUUGGAUGGAAGCCGGUCAAGAGCACGAGUGAUAUGUUGGCAAGCAUCCAAUUGGAGAUUGAGGCCAUUCUUAAGAAGUAA